AUGCAGGAAAAGCAAGAGGUUGAGGCCCAUCAAGAGGAGGUGUUCAAGCAGACCGACUCCGGAGUCGACUUCCGUAAGGUCGGCUGGUUCAAUGCCGGGAUCAUCUUCACCAAGAUUCUCUUUGCCACGGGUGUGCUGUCUCUGCCGGAGUCGCUGGCCGCACUGGGAGCCGUGGGAGGCUCACUGAGCAUCGUCGCCUGGGGUUGCUUCAACACGUAUGCCUUCACCAUCUUGGGUAACUUCCGUGCCCGCCAUCCCAGCUGCCACUCGGUGGCCGACAUGGCUGGCGUGGUCGGUGGCGUCGUGGCCAAGGAGGUGACCGGUUUGCUCUUCAUCAUCGCCUACAUCCUGGUGACGGGCAGUGGCAUCAUUGGCGUGUCGACGGCGCUGAAUGCGCUCUCGCACCACGCCGCCUGUACCGUGUGGUGGUCGCUCAUUGCCACCGUGGUGACCAUCGCCACGGCCUCGAUCCGCAAGCUCCAGCACGUCGGCUGGUUGACUUACGCCGGAUUUUUGUCGAUUUACAUCGCUGUCCUGAUCGUCGUCAUCGGAGUCACCACUGUCGACCGUCCUGCAGCGGCCCCCCAGACGGGCGAUUUCGAGCUGGGUUUCUACGCCAUCAACAACCCCGGCUUUGCGGCCGGCAUGGUCGCCUCCAGCACCAUCUUCGUCUCCUCCGCCGGUACCAGUGCCUUCCUGCCCGUCAUCUCCGAGAUGCGCAACCCCAAGGAUUACAAGAAGCCGCUGUACCUCUGCAUGCUUUUGGUCAACGCUUCCUAUUUGGCCUUUAGCUUGGUCGUGUACCGCUGGUGCGGCCAGUACCUUGCCAGUCCCUCGCUGGGAAGUGCCGGACAAACCGUCAAGAUGGUGUCGUACGGUGUCGGAUUGCUAGGAUUGAUCGUCAGCGCCACGGUGUACUUGCACGUCGGCGCCAAAUACGUUUUCGUGCGACUCCUCGCCGGCUCGCCCCACCUGCAGAGCAACUCGCUCGUGCACUGGGGCACCUGGCUGUCGACGACUUUCAUCAUGGGCGCGCUGGCCUUUGUGCUGGCCUCGGCCAUCCCCAUCUUUACCUUCCUGAUUGCGCUGGUGGGUUCCGUGUGUUUCGCCCCGCUGGCCAUGGCGCUUCCCGGCUGGCUGUGGCUGUACGACCACGGAGACUACAAGAGGGGCACGCUGCUGCAGAAGAUCAUCUACGUGCUGCACGUGGGAAUGGUGCUGCUUGGUCUAUUCUUCCUGGUCGGUGCCACCUAUGGUGUGGUCAUGCAGAUCAAGGCCGCCUACGCGACGGGCCAAAUCGGCUCCGCAUUUAGCUGUGCCGACAACUCCAACUCCUCGUAG